CUUCUCUUCUUCUUGUUCUUCUUCUUCUUCUUCUCCAGCAGCAUUCUGCGGAGUUUCUCCUGCCCGGUUCCUGUCGACCUCCCUUGUCCUCCCAUCUCUCUUACGACCUCGCCAGUUCGCUCGUGUGCGACCGUCCAUCCAUCAUGGCUGCUAAGUCCCAAUUGCCGACCGUCAACACGCCUGUGUCCGCGGAGCCUUCCAAGGCCGCCAUGCACCCGGCUUUCUACAUCGCUACCUGGAUUGCUCUCAGUUCCGGUGUGAUCAUCUUCAACAAGUGGAUUCUCCAUACCGCUGGAUUCAAUUUCCCCAUCUUCCUGACCACAUGGCAUCUCGUUUUCGCUACCAUCAUGACCCGCCUCAUGGCGCGGUUCACCACUUUGCUCGACUCCCGUCACCAGGUGCCCAUGACCUCUCGCGUAUACAUGCGUGCCAUCGUCCCCAUUGGCGCAUUCUUCUCUCUCAGUCUGAUCUGCGGCAACCUCGCCUAUCUCUACCUCAGUGUGUCCUUUAUCCAGAUGCUCAAGGCCACCAACUCUGUGGCUACACUGCUUGCUACCUGGGCCAUGGGCAUUGCGCCGGUGAAGCUCAGCCUGCUCGGAAACAUCUCGUUCAUCGUCCUCGGUGUUAUCAUUGCCUCCAUUGGUGAAAUCAAGUUCACCAUGAUCGGAUUCAUCUGCCAGUUCUUCGCGACCAUCUUCGAGUCCGUCCGUCUGGUUAUGGUUCAGCGCCUGCUCAGCUCUGCCGAAUUCAAGAUGGACCCCCUGGUUUCCCUGUACUACUUCGCACCUGCUUGCGCCGUCAUGAACGCCGUCGUCACUGCGGUUGUCGAGCUCCCCUCGCUGCACAUGUCGGACAUCUACCAACUCGGCAUGGGUACUCUGUUCCUUAACGCCGCCGUGGCUUUCGGACUCAACGUUGCCGUCGUCUUCCUGAUUGGCAAAACCUCCGCCCUCGUCCUUACUCUGUCCGGAGUUCUCAAGGAUAUCCUCCUUGUCGUUGCCUCGAUGGUCAUCUUCCGCGACCCCGUUACUCCUCUCCAGGCCUUCGGAUACGCCAUCGCCCUUGGUGGUCUGGUUUACUACAAGCUUGGAAAGGACGGUGUCAACAACCUUCUGGCCCAGGUGCGGUACCAGCUGCUUGGUGGUCCCCGCCCCGAGAACUAGAGUCGACUGUACAUAGGAUAUGUGGGGAGUAGUAGUUGGUUGGCAGAUAUAGAACGUACAUAGAAUCGGGCAGGGCCCCAAUUGUAUCUUUAUUAUAUGAGGUGUAAACUGCG